AUGGUUCGAGUAGAAAACACAACGUCAGCAGAAUUUAGCGUUGGAAGGGGAGUGCGCCAGGGCUGCAUACUGUCGCCUCUCCUGUUUAACGUGUAUUCAGAACAUCUAUUCAAGGAAGCAUUGGAUGAUACAGAGGACGGACUUGUAGUAAAUGGUCAAAUUAUAAACAACUUGAGAUAUGCGGAUGAUACCGUUCUUGUGGCCGACACUGCCGAGGGGCUUCAGAGACUUGUGGACCGAGUGGUGACUGCAUGCGAAGGAUACGGGGAAAAUAGAGGGUCGACGAUCGGCAGGACGCAGACGAAUAUCGUGGCUGCGGAACCUACGUGCAUGGACUGGAAUGACAUCAACAGCCCUAUUCAGAUCCGCAGUAAACAAAGUAAUAUGGACCAACGUGAUAGCCAACGUACACAGAGGACCGGCACUUUAAGAAGAGAAGAAGAUAGAGUAGACGACCAUUUUCUUUAA